AUGGCUCGUUCGUCGAACAGACGUCGCUACCAAGCCGACUUUCCCAUCUACAGACAACUCUCCGCCUCGCAGACAUUUGCCGCUGGCAUCUCGGACAGUAUCUCGGUCAACAAGCCCCGAGUUCCCACGAGUCAAGUAAUACAAAAAUCAAUAGCCGCUUCCCCCUUGUCAAAGUCCGCCUCAUCGGCAGCGGGCCCGUCGCUCGCCUCGCCGUUUGUUGAACCCCAACCCCUACAGGCCUCGGGCAUCAUCACCUUUGCAGAAACACAUAUAGCACAAAUGGCAAACGAGGGACACAAGACACAAACCGUCCAUGAUGAGAGCGUGGCCGAUGAAAAGAUGACGGGCAACGUCACUACCAUGGCCACCGGCUCUGUCGCUCUCGCAGCAGCCAUUGCGAACCAAAAACCGCAGCUGCUGUCCAAAAACAUGCUGCAGCUGUACUUUAUCAUGGCCGUUGGGUAUCUCGUCUCGACCAUGAACGGGUUUGAUAGCUCUCUGAUGGGAAGCAUCAACGCCAUGAAGCCCUACCAGGAGUCCUUUGGGCUGGUCGGCGCCGGAUCCACCACCGGCAUCAUCUUCAUCAUCUACAACCUGGGGCAGGUGGCCGCCUUUCCGUUCUGCGGCCUGCUCGCCGACGGCUACGGGCGUCGCCUCUGCAUCUUCGUCGGCUGCCUCGUCGUGCUCGUCGGCACCGCCGUGCAGGGCUCCGCGCACUCGCUCAGCCAGUUCAUCAGCGGCCGCUUCGUGCUCGGCUUCGGCGCGGCCAUUGCCAGCGCCGCCGGGCCGGCGUACACGGUCGAGCUCGCGCACCCGGCCUACCGCGGCUUCAUGGCCGGCAUGUACAAUAAUUUCUGGUGGCUGGGCAACAUCCUGGCCGGAUGGACCAGCUACGGGUCCAACGUGCAUCUGCAGUCCUCGUGGGCGUGGAGAGUCCCAACGCUGGUGCAGGCCGGCCUUCCUGCGGUGGUCAUGGUCCUGAUCCUCUUCUUUCCCGAAUCGCCGCGGUGGCUGGUUGCUCACGACCGCGCGGACGAGGCGCUCGCGAUCCUGAUCAAGUAUCACGGAGACGGCGACGCCAACUCGGCGAUCCCGACGCUCGAGUACAACGAAAUCGUCGAGACGAACAACCUGACAAAGGAUGAGAAUGCCUGGUGGGAUUUCCGGGAGCUGGCCAACACGCGAGCGGCGCGCUAUCGCCUGGGCAUGGUCAUUGGCAUGGCCUUUAUUGGCCAGUGGAGCGGCAACAAUGUGGUGUCCUACUUCAUGCCAGAAAUGAUUGUACAGGCCGGCAUCACCGACACAAACAAGCAGCUGCUUCUCAACGCCAUAAACCCCAUCUUCUCCCUGCUCGGCGCCGUCUGGGGUGCCUCCUUACUGGACAAGCUCGGCCGCCGCACCAUGAUGCUCGGCGGCCUCACGGGAGCGCUCCUCUCCUACUGCCUGCUGACCGCCUUCACAGCGCAGACAGCCGACAACAGCAGCCUGGCCUACGCCGUGAUCGCGUCCAUCUACGUCUUCGGCUUCUGCUUCGCCUGGGGCUUCACGCCUCUGCAGACGCUCUACGCCGUCGAGUGCCUCGAGAACCGCACGCGUGCCAAGGGCUCUGGGCUCAACUUUCUCUUCCUCAACGUUGCCAUGGUGGUGAAUACGUAUGGCAUCAGCGUCGGGAUCCAAAAGCUCGGCUGGAAGUUGUACCUUGUCUAUAUUGGUUGGAUCUGUGUCGAAAUGGCUGUCAUUUACAUCUUCUUUGUGGAGACGGCUGGCAAGACGCUCGAGGAGCUCAAGGACGUGUUCGAGGCCAAGAACCCCGUCAAGGCUAGCAUUGCCAAGACAAACAUCGAAUUGGAUGAGAGCAGCCGCGUCGUGGGAAUUGUUGAUGGUGUUUAG